UUCACGUAUGUAACAAAAUGUCGAAGAUCGUUCUUUACGGUAUUGAUAUGUCGCCGCCGGUGCGGGCUUGUCUAGUAACACUCAAAGCACUGGAGGUGCCCUUCGAAUAUAAGGUGAUCAAUUUGGGAACAGGCGAGAAUCGUAGUCCGGAAUUUUUGAAGAUGAAUCCACAAGGUACGGUACCCGUGUUGGAUGAUAAUGGAAUAAUCGUAACGGACUCACAUGCCAUAUGCAUAUAUCUGUGCGAGAAGUAUGCUAAGACCGAUGCACUGUAUCCUAAGGAACUGUUGAAACGCACAGAAGUCAAUCAGCGCUUGUUCUUCGAUGCCAGCGUCAUCUACAAGGCAUUGUGGAAUGUGAGCAGCGUGUUUUGGAUAAGGGGCAUCACUGAGGUGACCAAGGAACGGACUGACAACGUUCACGGGGCUCUUCGCUUGACAGAGACACUGCUGGAGAAGCCAUACAUCGCUGGCGAUACAGUGACCAUCGCUGAUUUCUGCUGUGCUGCCACUGUCUCAUCCGUGCCUGCAGUUUUUGAUAUUGAUGAACAGAAAUAUCCGAGGAUUACCGCUUGGCUGGCACGUCUUAGCGAGCUGCCAUAUUUUGAGAAAUACAAUAAUAUUGGAGCCAAGGAGUAUUCAACAUUCAUGAGAAGCCAGUGGACCAAAGUGGAGCUCUAAAUUUAUUAUAGACUACGAAUAU